CCCUCCUUGGAUUUGAGGGAGCUGCUGUCACCCGCCGCAGAGAGGGCACGGCGGGUGAGAUUAUGUGAUUGUCUCUGGAUAAAGCAUGCAGUCUGACUUCUUUUGUUUCAAUGUUUGUCGCUAUUUUUUCAUCGAAAUGGUGAGUUUUCACAGAUUAUUAAACGCCAAAUGAGACUUUUGUCGGAUUAAUCAGACGCGGAAGGACAGACGAUGAGAGUCGGAGGUGGAUUUCAGGGGGAUUUUGGUAGGUUGCAGCAGAACUCGCUCACAACAAGAAGGGGAGUCUGAGGUCGGCGCUCUGAGAUGGACCUGUCUGGAUCUUCACUCAAUCGCAGCCAAUCGCUGGCAAGUGGCCUGGAGAAGACUUCCCAUACCUGGAACAAGCCAGCCCACUCUCAGAGUAGCAGCACUCUGUCAUCUCGCCACUCCAGACAGAUUAUCAAAGACUGGGAAGUAAUUGACGACCUUCAGGUUGAAAUGCAGGGAGCAGGUGACGAUCCUCAAGACAGGACCGCCCCAGGAAUCUGUGAAGGAUAUCUUCUCAAGAGGAGGAAAUGGCCACUUAAAGGCUGGCACAAGCGGUACUUCGUCUUGGAAGGAGGGACCUUACGCUACUCCAAAAAUCAACAAGAUGUGGCCAGGGGACGAGUCCAGGGCUCGCUAGAUGUGAGCCUCGCAGUAAUAUCGAUAAACAAGAAAUCAAAUCGGAUUGAUUUGGAUGCAGGGGACAUUCUGUAUCAUAUGAAGGCAAAGAGUCAUGAACUCUUCUACAUCUGGGUAACCAAGCUACAAGCUCACCGCCUGUACAAGAAGAAUGAGGCGGCUCAUGUUCACAACAGCUUCCUCCACACUUUGUCCCUUCCCACUGCAGCUGAACAAGCUCAGAGGAAUGGAGAUUUGAGCGCCACAGGGAUGGCAGAUUCAGCUGGAGCGUCAGGCGUGCUGCCGUCAGCUAACACAGCCGUGAACACGAAGGUGUCCGCCUGGUUGCAACAAAGCCACAAUCCUGACAUCUGUGUUCAAGAGCUGAACCGUUGUCAUCUGGACCUUUCUGAGCUAAACCGCUUAAUCCAGAGGCUGCAGGCACUGGAGGUGGGGCAGGCCUUUACUAAUGGAGACCUGCAACGGAUCAUCAGCAUACAGAAUCUGUCACUGGAGAAACCGAAGAAGCCGAAAUCAGGGAAGAUCUGGGGUCAUUCCCGCACACUGUCCAGAGUGGAGGCCCUGGGAAUGGUAAGAAUGCCUAUUCGUGGGAUUACUAAAUCGCUGUCCUCAAGUCACCUGAGCAACUCGGCCCACCUCGGUGCAUCAGUCCCUUGUAUCCCCGACUACGUCUACUCUCAGCUCUCCCCUUCCACGGUCAAUUCGCCCGAAGGGAAGAAAAUCCAACAGGACAUCUGCGCUAUGUCUCAACGAGUGCUCAACUCUCUGAAGUCGGUGCAUGAGACUCUGUCCCAGGAGAGGCAGAAGCUGCAGGCAGUCUGGGACGCUAACAACAUGCACCAGUCUAACACAUUAGCUCAGCCUGAGGCAGUGAGGCGUUCAUCCCAAGGACCUCCUUCGGUGGCAGACUCGGCUGCAGAAUAUUUUGAUGCCAGUGAUGACAUCCUGUGGGGCAGCUCCUCUGAGGUGUCUGAUGAAUCCGGACUAAGUGAUGGAAGCACCACCAAUUCUGAGCCGGAGGAAGGACACACAUCAGCUACCCGGAAGUACCGUGCCAGCAUUUCCAGGACUCCCAACAGUGUUGUUCCCAAGAGCACUGGACGUCGAACGAAACUGCCUGUUCACUGUCCUGACAAUAGCCACGUGGGGCUCGUGGCCAUCCUCUAUAACAACAUAGGUAAAGACUUGGCUCGAGUGUCCAUGCCAGCUGUUCUCAAUGAGCCCAUUAACCUGCUGCAGAGGCUGUGUGAAGAGCUGGAGUACAGUGAGCUGCUGGAUACUGCCAACAACACAUCAGACCCCUACCAGAGGAUGGUUUACGUUGCUGCCUUCGCUAUCUCUGGCUACUCCACUGCGACGUUCAGGAACCGCUACAAGCCCGUUAACCCGAUUCUGGGGGAGACCUACGAGUGUAUCAGAGAGGACCGAGGUUUCCGCCUCAUCAGUGAGCAGGUCUGCCACCAUCCUCCCAUCUCUGCCUGCCAUGCAGACUCAGAGAACUUCUCCUUCUGGCAAGACCAGCGAUGGAAAAAUAAAUUCUGGGGGAAGUCGCUGGAGAUCCUGCCAACAGGAAUGGUAAACGUGACUCUGCCGAGGUAUGGUGACCACUAUGAGUGGAACAAAGUAGUGACUUGCAUCCAUAACGUCUUCAGCCAGCAGCGCUAUCUGGAGCAUUACGGAGAGGUCAUCAUCAAAAACCUCAAAAGCAACAUCUGCACAUGCAAGAUUACUUUUGUCAAGUCUCGUUAUUGGGGUUCAGAAACGAAUAAGAAUGAGGUUCAGGGCGUGGUGUUGGACCAAAGUGGGAGUGCCAUUCACCGGUUUGGAGGUCUGUGGCAUGAAGGCAUCUUCUGUGACACUCUGCCGACUCCAAAAUGCAUCUGGAAGCCAAAUCCACAGCCAAAGGAUUACCUGCUGUACUAUGGUUUCUCCAGCUUUGCCAUGGAGUUGAAUGAACUCCCUUCAGGCUUGAAGCCUCUUCUGCCUCCUACAGAUACGCGCCUGCGCCCAGACCAAAGAAUGCUGGAGGAUGGAAGGGUGGAUGAAGCUGACAAAAAGAAGGACGAGAUUGAAGAAAUGCAGAGAGAGCGGAGAAAAGAGCUCGCCAAAAGGGGUGAAGAGCAUGUUCCACGUUUUUUCAAGAGAUCCAAAGAUUCCUCUGGACGGGACGUGUGGUUGACAAAUGGGACUUACUGGAAACUUCGAGAGAAUCCAGGUUUUGCUAACCUUGAAAACGUAACUCUGUGGUGAUGAGAUGAGACUGCAGAAAUGAGUGGACAAAACCACAUGAAAGGACGAGAUCAGUGGAUAUUCAGCCGUGGAUAUUCUGGACAGCACGUAUGAACCACUCGGAGAGUGAAGAUAGUGCUGCAGAUCUGUUCUUGAUUCUUCUGCACACCCGUGACUGGCUCAUGGGAAUCUUCAGAUACCCAACAAACAUUAAUGGAAAAAAAAAAAAAUCUUAUUCAUUUAAUUUUUUUUAGAUUACUUAAAUCAACAUGCAGUUAUUAUGUGAAUUUAUUUUUUUCCCAACAAACUCUAAACUCUUUAAGACUUAAAAAUUGCUUUUCUCUGUGGAGUUUCUAUCAGGAUGCUGUUUUGUGAUAGUUUGAUCCAUUGCAAUUGUGUUUGAGAAAACAUUUGGAAAAAGAGAAGAAAAAAAUCACAAUAGAGAUCAUAACUUUAAAGCAGCUGUUAUCAACAUCAAAGGACAGUAAUACACCUACACAGUGGUGGAGACCAAAAUAGAGCAAAAAGAGUGUAAAGAAUAUAUGCAUAUAUAGUUCUAGAAACUGGAGAAACCCAUGACUUUAAAUAUAAAAAAUAGUGUCCUUAACUGCUAUGUGUGCAAAUGUUCUAUAUUGAGUAUAGAAUUUGAUUCCAAUGGUUCAAAACUUUUGAACUUCUAAGCAGACCUUUAAUUCAGACGUUUUCAAACACAUCGGUGGCAGGGACCACCUACAACGUGCAUUACUAUCCAUUACUAUCUAAACCUAACACAGGUUUAGAUAGUAAUGGACAAAAACAGCUGGUUCUAUUGAUCCUCAUCUGUGUACAGUUUUCAGUGACACUCCACAAUUUUAUGGAUAAUAGAAAAAUACUGUGUGUAUCCUUUGGCACACCCUGACUCCACUGGAGAACCACCAUGACUGUGAAACCUCAGUUUAUAUGUUACAACAGACUCUUUAUGCAGGCAAAUCUAACUUCAGGCUACACCAAGGGUGGGCAACUUGGAGUAGUUGGAGUACUUCAUUUUUUGGACAGUUAAAUAUAUGGUGUAUAGUGUAGCCCAGGGGCAACUCUAGGCCUCAAGGGCCGGUGUCCUGCAGGUUUUAGAUAUCACCCAGGGCCAACACACCUGAAUCAAAUGAUUAGUUCAUUACCAGGCCUCUGGAGAAUGUCAAGAUAUGUUGAGGAGGUAAUUUAGCCAUUUAAAUCAGCUGUGAUGGAUCAAGGACACAUCUAAAACCUGCAGGACACUGGCCCUCGAGGCCUGGAGUUGCCCCUGGGCUACACUAUACACCAUAUAUUUAACUGUCCAAAAAAUGAAGUACUCCAACUUGAUAUCUGUUGCUUCCUCUUUAUGAGAACUUUUGCCUAUCAUAGCUCAGGACAUUCUGGCAUAAGAGAUUCUUGAUUGAGAAUUUCAAUUCUUUUUGCCUAACUAAAGUCAAAGACAGAAUUUGUCUGCUUUAGUUACGUUAUCAUUGAAAUUUAUUUUCCAAAAAAUAUAUAAUAUUAACAUUUUUUUAAUGUGUUUUUGACCUGUAAUCUAAAUAAGAGCUACAAAUGUUCAGUAAUCAGAUAUUUAAAAGAGGAGAUAAUAUAUUAUCCUUUGUUUAUAUGUCAUUAAUAGCAAAAUGAAUAUCCAGCUGGUUGGAAAUCUGCACAUACUGUAUUUAUACAUUACAUUAAACUGGUGAUAUCAUGA